GAUGCCCAAUUCUGUGGCUCGCCUGAAGUGCAGCCGGGCUCUUCUGAUUGGCUGCCGCGCUAGGUCCGUUCGAGGACCGCCUCCUGAGUCUGUGGUGCGACAGAUCAUGGCCCUGAGGGCAUGUGGCUUGAUCAUCUUCCGAAGACACCUUAUUCCCAAGGUGGACAACAGUACAAUUGAAUUCCUGCUGCUGCAGGCAUCAGACGGCAUUCAUCACUGGACUCCUCCCAAAGGCCAUGUGGACCCAGGAGAGAAUGACUUAGAAACAGCCCUGCGAGAGACUCGGGAGGAGACGGGCAUAGAUGCCAGCCAGCUGACCAUCAUUGAAGGGUUCAGGAGGGAGCUCAAUUACGUGGCCAGGCAGAAGCCUAAAACAGUCAUUUACUGGCUGGCAGAAGUGAAAGACUACGAUGUAGAGAUCCGCCUCUCCCAGGAGCAUCAAGCCUACCGCUGGCUAGGGCUGGAUGAGGCCUGCCAGCUGGCUCAGUUCACGGAGAUGAAGGCGACACUCCAAGAGGGACACCGGUUUCUCUGCUCCACCCCGGCCUGAGCUGACCAGAGCAAGCCUUCCAUUGCAUCCUUAAGGGUUUUUCCAGAUGAACCACCCUUCCAGCCAGGGAAGGAUGCGCUGGUCUUUGGCUUGUGACAACCAAGAGCAGAUAGGUUAGUGAAAUUAGGAUUAACUCAGCACCCUCAGGGGACAGCAAGGAACCCCUGGAUCUAAUCCCUGACAUAGAAAAUAAUUACUUGGGGUUGGGGAUUAGCUCAGUGGUAGAGCCCCUGCCUAGCAAGUGCAAGGCCCUGGGUUGGGUCCUCAGCUCUGGGAAAAAAAAAAAAAAAAAAAAAAAGAAAAGAAAAAGAAGAAAAUAAUUACUUUGAAAAUAAGAGCAAGCAAGGAUUUUAGCUAAGUUAAAAAUCAAAAGAGGGGUACAGGUUUUUAAUGCCAGCCCUGAAGCAUAUCCUUGUCAUUUAUAAAUAAACUUCAAGCAACUUA